GACGCGCCUACUGAACGACAACACAACUCCUCCAAUAUGUAUUACGGCGUAACGGGUUUAUGCACAGCAUAGACUAACGAACAUACCCGAACAGGAACAAUACCCAAACUCCAGUGAUAAAAUAGGGAUGGAGUUUGGAAUUUCAAUGAAACAUAUCACCGAAUGAGACAAAUGGUAAAGUAUUGGCAGUUGCUGUAGCCUUACUACGUUUACGCCGUUGAACUUCUAAAAGUUUUGAUUUUGGGUGAUUCCAACUCGGAGAGGAUUGGCAGGACAUAGUAACUUUCAGCGACUGGAAGGAUAAGGACCAACCCAGCUGUAUUUUACAAUCUCUGUUCUGAAACAACUGGAGGAACUGUGACCGGGAUAAAUACAAGGACAUUUGUGUCAAAGAAGUGCAAGGGCUUUCAGGUGAAUAAUCUAUGAGGACCUCUGCUUACACAUGGUAGGUAGUGUUGCAGCAAUGGAAAAAUCCAUGGAGGACUACGACAAUUACACAUACGAUUAUCUGGAGUACGGAGACUUCGAUGAAGAAAAAGCCCCAGACGGAUACUCCCAGAAGGAGGCUAUGCACAUCAUAUCAGUCGUCAUGUAUAGUAUUUCAUUUGUGCUCGGCGUCACUGGAAAUGGAACAGUCAUAUGGGUGUUGGCAUUUAAAAGCAAACGGACAGUGAACAGUGUCUGGUUGCUGAACAUGGCUAUAGCAGAUUUAGUGUUUGUGCUAUUUUUACCCUUCUCUAUCGACUACGUCCUUCGAGACUUCCACUGGGGCUUUGGCCUGGUCAUGUGUAAGCUAAACUCCUUUGUGUCUGUGAUGAACAUGUAUGCCAGUGUGCUCUUUCUCACAAUGCUCAGUCUAGACAGGUAUGUCUCAUUGAUUCACCUUAGCUGGUCUCAGAGGUGUCGCAGUGUAUGGCGAGCCUGGAUCGUAUGUGGCUCUGUGUGGGGGGUGUCUGCUCUACUGAGCCUCCCUACCCUGAUAUUCCGUGACACUGUGAGUUACCGUGACCGGGUGAUGUGCUUCAACAACUUUAAUGUCCAGGAUAGACAUACAGCUGCUGUGAGACACAUUACGAUGGUGGUCAUCCGUACAGCAGUGUGCUUCUUACUGCCCUUCAGUGCUGUCUGUGUGACUGGAAUUCUCCUGGCAAUCAAAGUCCACCAGUCUGACGAUUCUGUGAGCCUGUCUAGCUUUUCUAAGACAGUUUCAGCUGUCAUUCUGGCCUUCUUUUUGUGCUGGGCACCAUUCCAUAUCUUUAGUUUAAUGGAGCUUUCCUUCAACUCAUCACUGUACCUACAUGCUGUUCUGAAGACAGGCUUUCCUCUUGCUACGAGCUUAGCCUAUUUCAACAGCUGCGUCAACCCCUUCAUCUACGUGCUGGUGGGUAAGAAGGUUCGCCAGCUCCUGAAACGCUCGUGUCUGGACAUCACAAAGAGUUCUCUGCGGGAGCUCAACCAGUCCAUCUCUGCAACUGAAUUGGUGUCUGUAGCUGACAUAAGAGCCCCAUACAUCAGUGCACCACAGGAUCCCACAGAAUCAUCAACUGUUUGAUUAUACUGAUCUGAUCCCACAGUUACCUAUAGCAGAAACCGGCAGAAACUGCCAUUUAAUAAUAUAUGCCAUUUAGCAGACGCUUUUAUCCAAAGCGACUUACAGUCAUGUGUGCAUACAUUCUAUGUAUGGGUGGACCCGGGGAUCGAACCCACUACCCUGGCGUUACAAGCGCCAUGCUCUACCAACUGAGCUACAGGCUGACCUAAAAGAACCAGCCUGACCAUUCUUUUAGUCCAAACGUGACUUAUUUUAUAUUUUACUUAGUGCAACAUUUGUGCUAGUUGUUUGAGUUGGAUACGUCCAAGUAGCAAUUACUUUGAGUGCCAAGAUCUGUUUGAGUGCCAAGGUCUGUUUGAGUGCCCUCAUAGGAAAACUUGAGUAAAGACAUACGCUAAAAGCACAGGGGAAAAGAAGCAACUUUAUUUAAUGAUUUUAAAAAGAAGUAUCUGAUCCUAUUUACCCCGAAGACUAAUAGGAAAGGAGGCCACCCUUCCCCACUGUCUCUGGAAAAGACUGUCUCUGGAACAGACUGUCUCUGGAACAGACUGUCUCUGGAACAGACUGCCUCUGGAACAGACUGCCUCUGGAACAGACUGCCUCUGGAACAGACUGUCUUUGGAACAGACUGUCUCUGGAACAGACUGCCUCUGGAACAGACUGUCUCUGGAACAGACUGCCUCUGGAACAGACUGUCUCUGGAACAGACUGUCUCUGGAACAGACUGCCUCUGGAACAGACUGCCUCUGGAACAGACUGUCUCUGGAACAGACUGUCUCUGGAACAGACUGCCUCUGGAACAGACUGCCUCUGGAACAGACUGUCUCUGGAACAGACUGUCUCUGGAACAGACUGCCUCUGGAACAGACUGUCUCUGGAACAGACUGCCUCUGGAACAGACUGCCUCUGGAACAGACUGCCUCUGGAACAGACUGCUUCUGGAACAUACUGUCUCUGGAACAUACUGUCUCUGGAACAGACUGUCUCUGGAACAGGAAUGAUUAGAAACAGACUGUCUCUGGAACAGGAAUGAUUAGAAACAGACUGUCUCUGGAACAGACUGUCUCUGGAACAGGAAUGAUUAGAAACAGACUGCCUCUGGAACAGGAAUGAUUAGAAACAGACUGUCUCUGGAACAGGAAUGAUUAGAAACAGACUGUCUCUGGAACAGACUGCCUCUG